AUGGCUGAUAUUAAAACGCAAAUAGGAAUUAUUACUGAAUUGUCAAACAAAAUCAUAAAGUUGUUAACUAAUACUAAGAAAUGUAGCCGAUCCAAAAUAACAAGAGGUUAUUUGGACACGCGAUUAGAGACAUUAAACGAGUAUAUGGAUUCAUAUAACAAACAAUAUCAUUAUUUUCAAACAAAAUAUUCGGAAAAGGAAUUAAAAAGUUGUGACUUCGAUUCGGAGAAUAACUAUAGUAUUACGGAAGAUGCCUAUUUGGAUUUAAAAACGUUGUUAAAGGAUUAUUUAUAUGAAUUAGAUUCUACUCAUACCUCCGGUAAGAAUGCUAAUGACACUUCUGACUUCUCAAAAUUGAAACCAAAAUUGCCACCAAUACCAAUACCAAAAUUUAAUGGAGAUUACAGUAAUUGGAUAAGUUUCAGAGAUCUGUAUCUAUCACUCAUACAUAAUGAUAAUAACUUGUCAAAUAUUGAGAAACAUCAUUACUUGAAAUCUAGUUUGACCGGAGAAGCCGAACAAUUGCUUCAAAAUUUUAGUCUCAGUGAUGCAAAUUACCAAGAUGCGUGGCAAAAAUUAGUUGACAGAUUUGACAAUCAAAGAGUUAUAGUAAACAAUAUCUUAAACCGCUUAUUGAACCAAAAGAAGAUGACAACGGAAUCUACACAAGGUAUUAAAGACUUAUUAGAUACUACUACUCAAUGCCUCGACUCGCUAAAGAAUAUCAGAAUUGAUGUAUCAAAUUGGGAUGCAAUCAUAGUGCAUAUAACUGUUAAAAAAUUAGAUACUGAAUCACACAAGUUGUGGGAACAGUCCCUGGAAAACUCAACUGAUAUACCUACGUUUCACCAAUUAACCUUGUUUUUAGAAAAAAGAUUUCGCUCUAUGGAAAUGAUAUACACUACGCAACCUAAGGAUUAUGUAAGAAAACCUAUGCCGCAAAAAGUCACUAACGUCAAAUCUUUUGUAAUGGAAAUGAAAAAUGCUUGCACAUAUUGUUCACAGAAUCAUUAUAUUUGCCACUGUAAAGAUUUUGCCAACUUAAAGGUUUCAGAACGCCAGGACUUCAUUAAGAGAAACAACAUAUGCUUUAAUUGCCUUAUUAAGGGACAUAAUGUUUUGAACUGUAGACAGAGUACAACUUGUAAGAAAUGUGGGCGACGCCAUCACACUCUGCUGCAUUACACACCCUUCAAUAAGACAGACUUAUUAAGUGGUAGCUCAUCUUCAACUGAAGAAAAGAGAGAACAUCCUGCUUCAUCUUGCAACACAGUUUGUAUGAAAACUGAAACUCAGAGCCACCAAGUAAUUUUAGCGACAGCUCAAUUGGCUGUAAAGGCACAAAAGGGUAAUACAUACAUCUUACGAGCGCUAAUAGAUCAAGGUUCUCAGGCCUCAUUCCUUACUGAAGCAGCUGCACAACUAUUACAACUGGACCGUAUUCCUGUGCAUGGCAAAGUCACUGGUGUAUCCAAUUCAACAGUGGUUACAAUAAGGUCUAUGGUGAAAUUUACAAUACAAUCUACUAAGCAAUGUACACAACCAAUUGAAGUUAAAGCUUAUAUACUUAAAAAACUUACUUCAUUACUACCUUCAAGGGAAUUCGCACAAGAUGCCUGGCCUUCUACAAUGUCUUUAGAUCUAGCAGAUCCAGAGUAUUACAAGCCAAGGCAUAUUGAUAUUUUGUUGGGUGCCGACGUGCAUGCUGAAAUAAUACAAGAAGGUAUACACAAACACAAGUCUCUUGUCGCAGUCAAUUCUCGCUUGGGCUGGUUAAUAUCUGGAAGAGUCUCACAAAUAGAACCACAAAAACAUGAUGUCAUUGUCACUCACACAAAAGUUGAUGUGGAUCAGUUGCUCAGGCAGUUUUGGGAAAUAGAAGAGCCCUUAUCUCAUGAGAAACCUCUCACAGAACUGGAAGUGUUGUGCGAGGAACACUUUAAGAAAACUCACACUCGUACUGAUGAAGGACGAUAUCGCUCGGUGACACUAAACUUGUAG